UAUCCGUUUCGUUCAAAAUAUUAAAGAUGGCGCACAGACCGCAUGAUAAGAGACACAGGGAGUUACAAGAGGAUGUUAAGCCUCCAAACAGUAGAUUAUUUAUUUUAUGCGGUAAAGGAAUCAAAGAAGAAGAAUUCAAAGAAGCUUUUGAUAAGUUUGGGACUGUAGAAGACAUAUGGGUCGUGAAAGACAGAAAAACAAAUGAGGACAAAGGUGUCGUUUACAUCAAGUAUUCCAAGGCGUCUGAGGCAGCUCUUGCAUUGGAGGAAAUGAACAUGAAAACCCUGCCAGGACACCCAAAACCACUUAAGGUAAUAAUUGCCAGCAGCAAGAGAGAGGGAGCAGUCCGAGAUCCCAGGGAGGAUGAGAAAAAUCUCCGCCUCUUUGUAAUCUGCCCCAAAACUUACAGCAAAGAUGACCUCAAGAAAGAGUUUGAGAAAUAUGGGGACAUUGACUCAGUGAUGAUCGUUUCUGACAAACACACAGGAGAAAGAAAGGGCUUUGGAUACAUCCGCUUUCAUCGACCAUACCACGCAGCCCUGGCAUUUGAAAACUGUGACCCUUCAUUUAAGCCAAAGUUUGCUGAUCCCAAAAACUCUGAGAGGAGAGAGAGAGAUCGGGAUUUUGAUCCUAUGGGAGGGUACGGAGGAGGGUUUGACAGGGAGAUGAACAGAUUUGGGGGCGGAUACAAUGACUAUGACAGCAGAGACAGAGGAUCCAAGAGACAUUAUGAGCAGAUGAGAGGCCCUCCAAGGGAUAUUUAUGAUGCUUACAUGCAUGAAGGGGGAAAUCCAGGACCUCCAGGUCCUAUGAUGGGUGGUGGUGGCCAGGGUCCCAUGGAUCUACUUCAGUCGUACAACACCCCUACUUUGAGUACAAGACUACACAUCACGGCCCCCAUAGGCCUUACUCAAGGGUACCUCACCCGACUCUUCAGUCUUAUUCCAGGGCUUGAGUACUGUGACCUGAACGAGACCACGGGUGUGGCAUAUGCCCGUUAUGUGAGUGCUCAGUGUGCAGCCUAUGCUCGAGAUAAACUGAAUGGAUUUGAGUAUCCUAUUGGCAGUCGUCUGAUGGUUAGGUUUGCUGAUGAGCAGAGACCAAUGGAGGGGCCUCCCAUGGGGGGACCUAAUAUGAUGGACCCGAGUUAUGGUGGUUACCCCGGGCCCAGAGGAGGGCCGCCCAAUGAUGGUCAGAACGAGACUCUUCGAAGGGCUGCAGCAGUGUUGGAGAGGGCAGGCCUGAAUCCAGAGACCAUUCUUAAUACAAGUUACAACUUUGAGCGUGUGCCAUACUGUUCCAUUCCCCUCCCCCCACCCAAACAGAUGUUACCCGAGGACACCGAUGUCGCACAGAGACUUUUCAUAGUGUGUCAGCCAUCGGGAAUUCCUGAAAAAGUCUUGAGGGAUGCCUUUUGUAGAAUGGGAAAUCUCAUUGAUGUGUAUUUGUUGCCAGCUCGAAACUAUGGAUAUGCCAAAUUUGCCUCCAAAGAAUGUGCCAUGAAAGCCAUUCAGACUUUACAUGGACAGAAUUUGGCUGGAAAUAGGUUGAAAGUUCUGGAGGCUGAACCACAGAGGGGACCAGAGGAUGAGGAACCUUCUAAGAAAGCCAGAAUGUAAAAGGCAGAUAAACUACUGACCUGCAGAAUUACGACUGACGACAUUAUAUACAUCAGGAUACCAAGAAAGACCACUCUGGAUGACAAAGGAUGACAAAGGGAAAUAACUCUUGACAAAACAUCUGACCUCUAUAAGGUUAUGGUACUACAAAGGACAAAAUGAAACAAAAAAAUAUAAUUGAGUUUUCAUCCAUCUUUCAAUAUUAAAGGACGUUCAAUUGAUUGAUUCUUUUACCAGACUAGUAAUUGUCGUCAUUUUAUCAAUUCAUUAGUAGAUACAUGUACAUAAAAUUUCAUAUGUAGUAUGUUGUUUUAAUGAAUGAAGAUCAUGGACAAUUUGAAAUUUUAUAAAGACAAGAAUACCCUUUCAUAGAAACCUCACAUGUCAUGCAAUUUUGAUGUUGCUUCUAAAUUGUAUCAUAAUUGAUUGAUCUCUCAUUUCAUGUUUGCUGUUUAGUUGGUAAGGUAUACCAUAGUCAGGCCUUUGCCUGCCCUCUUUCAUAAGAUUCAUUUCAAAAUGUUAUGAUUUAUUGUGAAUAAACAUCUAUUUUGAAGCAUUUAUGUAGCCUCUAUCAUUGCAUAUACUUUCAGAGAGAACUUUUCAUUUUGCAUUUAUUAAAUAAAUGUGUUUGAUGGUGA